AUGGUUUCUGCCUAUUCAAUAGGAACUGCUAAAAGAGAUAGCCCUAAUAAAAAUUUUGUUCCUGCUCCUAAUGCUUACUCCUUAAAUAACCAAACAACCUCUCCUUAAUGGACGUAUAAUCGUUAUAUAUUUUUAGAAUAGGAGGUAAAGUAAGGAGGGAGAUAAGAAUAAAAUCAUACUCUCCUGGUCCAGGAUAAUAUCCUUAUAAAUCUUAAAUAAAUGGUGCUCCAUGUUGUACUUUUAAGGGUAAACUGAAACAGAAAGUUAUUUCUUAAUCUCCUGGACCAGGCAAUUACAAAGAAGAUUCAUACUUAACCAUUUAAAAACGAAUUCCAUCAUAUAGUAUGGGUGUUAAAAUUGAUAAAAUAAUCAAAAAUUUUGUUCCAGGCCCUGGAACUUAUGAUUUAAAUUAGACUCAUCUAACAAUGAAUUCUAGUAAAUUUCCUAUAGAAAAAAGAUUAAAAACAAUGGAUGAUGGAGCUAGUUCACCUGGACCAGGAUGUAUAUUUUAAUUAUUAUCCUAGAAUACAAUAUGACAAACUAUGAUAAAUUUUCACCACAUAAAUCAUAGCCCUCAUGGGGAUUUGGAUCAAAGAAUAAUUUAAAAAUGCAUUCAUCAUUAGAUAUGAGUUCGCCUGGUCCUGGAAUGUAUGAAUUAAAAAGUACGUUGACACAACAGAGUUUUACAUUAAAGCCAAAAUUAAAGACUUAAGAAUGCGAUAAAUAUAUACCAGGGCCAGGAAAAUACUCUCCUGAUAUUUCAUUUAUAAAAUAUGCUUAACCUGUCUUCAAAAUGGGUAAAGAAUCAAGGAUUCCUUAAUAAAAAAUUUCCCAAAAUCCUGGACCUGGAAGGUAUUACUCUGAGUAAGUUGAAUAAUUAUUCUUAACAUAGAAAUUAUGAUGCCAGAAGUAAAAAAAAGCAGCCUAGCUAUAGUUUAAGUAAAGCAAAUAGAACUUCAAUGUCUGAUUAUGAUUCAUAAUUUGUGCCAGGACCAGGAGCUUAUGAUUGUCCACCAUAAAAAUUAGGUAAUAUCACAAUCAAAGGAGCAAGAACUCAAAUACGACCUUAACGAAUACCAGGACCAGGUUUUUAAUUAAAUUUACAUUAGGAACUUAUAAUCCUUAAGAUAAGUUAUGUUAUUCUUAUGAUGGAUCUGUCAAGAUAGUUAAAUUAGCGAAGUAAAUUAAGGCUUUAUCUUCUGAUAAAUAGCCAGGACCUGGAGCGUAUGAAUUAAAAAAUACUUUAAUGGGACCUAGUUGGGGAUUUGGUAAAUCGAACAAAAGAAAACCCAUUUAUAAUAUUAAUAAUAGUCCAGGUCCUGGUACUUAUAAUGUUCCAUCUAAAUUUGCUGAUGUUCCAAAAUACUUAAAUUGUAAACCUAAAUUUUAAAUUUGA